AUGAUUGAGCUCAAGGGCAAGAACGCACUCGUCACCGGCGGCAGCGCCGGCUUAGGAGCUUCAAUCGCGCGCCAAUUAGCCCGCGAGGGCGUCAACGUAGCCAUCAACUACGCCCACUCGCAAGCCCGUGCCCAAGCACUAGCCAGCGAGCUCGCUGCGUCCUACAACGUCAAAACCACCGUGAUCCAAGCCGACAUCUUCGACACCGGCAAUUUGCACCACGUGGUUGAGCGCACGGUAGCCGAACUCGGCGGACUCGAUAUCCUCAUCUCGAACGCUGGGUGGACUCGUAUUGUCGACUACACGGAUUUGGAAGGGAUGGAUGAAGAGUUGUGGGAUGGCACCUUCAGCGCCAACGUGAAGGCGCACUAUUUCCUUUUCAAGGCCGCUAAGCCUUACUUUGACAAAAACGAGGAUGGCGGCGUCUUUAUUGCGAGUGCCAGUGUUGCCGGGCGCAUCUGUUACGGGUCGUCGAUCCCGUACGCCGUGAGCAAAGCGGCGUUGAUCCAUUUGAUCAAGAUGUUGGCGAAGAGCCAGGGCCCCAAGUGCAGGUUGCAUGCCGUGUGUCCGGGGUUGUUGUUGACGGAGUGGGGGCACCGGUUCAGCGAGGACAAGAUCCGCAACACGGUGAGCAGGUCGCCGAUUGCGGUGGUUACCGAUGUCGAUGAGUGCGCGCUGCAGUUUGUCCUGUUGUGCAAGUUGGCUACGCUGACUGGUACUAUCGUGGCCAUGGAUGCUGGCAUUUCGUUAUAA